GAGAGAGCAUUUCGUUUUAUCAGAAGAGCUCUCUCUUUUUUCUCUGUCAAUUUUCUUGGCACUUUCCCGGAAAAUUGUGGAGGCCGGGGAGAUUCGUAUCGAGAAUUCCAAGAGAUUGCGCCUGCUGGAAUGUUGAAGUUCCUCUGCUGAGAGAGGAUCUGGAUUCCAGAGAGAUACAUUUCGAGAGGUUUUGUUUGGUUUCGUUUCGAGUUCCAGAGACAGAGACUGAGAGAUACAUUUGAAUUGGUUCGUCGGGUUCGUAGAGCGAUUUGGAGUGGAUUUGGCGCAUUUGAAGGAGAUAUUUCGGGAGUUUUGGAAGACAUCUGAACUACAGAGAUCAGUUUCCGUGUUUGAAAGAUCGGAAUUGAACUAGAAUUUCCACUGUUGAAGCUUUGGGUAGCCGCCAUUUUCUUCGAAAUCCACUGUCAAUCUACAUUUUCUCAAUCACGAGGCUCCAAAGCCGAAGUUUUCUUCGAAUCCCCCGAUUCGCCGUUUUCCAACUCCAACGGCUGACCAAAAGAGAAAUCGAAGCUCCACAAAUUGUGUUGGUGAAAUCAGUUUUUGUCAGCAUCUGAUUUAUUUGUGUCGAGAGAUACGGAGAUUAUCGGCGCAAAGAAGUUGAAGAUUUCAGUUUUCUCAGACACCCGAACAGCAGCAAGCGAAGAAGAACACAAAUACCCGUUUCAUCUCCAUAUGUGUUGUUAGAUCUUCUCAGACCAAACAUCCAUAUUUAGAACUCCACAUCAAUUCCAAAUACAAAUAUCCAAUUUUCCAAUUCCGGAUAAAGUUCAAAUAUCGGCGUCAUCGUCGUCACUGAAUUUCCAUACCUUUCUUCGCCGUUCUGUUUUCUGGGUGUGAGAAAAAAAGGAAAAAGAGGAGGAUAUGGAGAAGAGUACCAUUACCAGCCACAAUCGGGAAAGACUGGGAGUUCUAGGCGGCGGCGAUCAUGGGCUGCUGAGAACGGCAAGCCACCAGCCAGAGACGCGAUCGUCGCUGGCUACGUCGUCCUCGGACUUCGUCUUGCAGUGGGGCAACCGGAAGCGGCUGAGGUGCAUGAAGGUCCAGGUCAAGGACCACAACCCCGACUCGGCCUCCGCGCCGGUCCACCGCACCACGGUUCGUAUCGAUCGUCGAGUCGUCCGAUCCGACACUAACAAUAACAAGGACGCCGCCACGGCCGCUUCCCAUCCGCCCACCACCGCCGCCAACGGCCAGGGCUAUCUCAAUCUCCGCCACCGUGCGGCCUCUCCUUCCCACCGGAUUCUCAGGAAUUCGGAGAGUGCGAUUGCCAUGAAGGGGCACGGCAACGGCGUGAGGGCGUUUUCCUCGCCGGACAGGGGGGGUGCGCAGGAUAAGAGAGGCGGCAACCACCAUCACCACCACCACCACCACCACGACGCUGCCAACAAUCAUAAUCAUAAUAGUAAUAAUAAUGAUCAUAAUCAUAAUAAUAAUGGUGGUGGAGGAGGAGGAUCGGGAUCGUCGGAGACGGCGCACGAUAGCAAGAAGGCGGGGACGUCGUCGGGGAGUGACGCGAUCCCGGCGGUGUGGCCGCCGAAGUUCGUGAUCGCCCUCACCAACAAGGAGAAAGAGGAGGAUUUCAUCGCCUUCAAGGGCACCAAGCUGCCUCAGAGACCCAAGAAGAGGGCCAAAUUCAUUCAACGCACCCUCAAUCUGGUAAGCCCGGGGGCAUGGCUGUGCGAUCUCACCCUAGAGCGAUACGAAGUCAGGGAGAAGAAGAUCUCAAAAAAGAUGGUAUAUGGAAAUUAUUUUUCAUUGCUGCAUCAUGCAGAGACCAAGGGGAUUGAAGGCCAUGGGGAACAUGGACUCUGAUUCUGAGUAGAGGAGGAGGAGAAAGGUGGCCCCUUGAAGAGGAUGAUGAAUACGAUGAUGCAGCAGCUAUUUUUGUAAGGUUGUGACAUUAUUUCGCAAAUAGCUUGGCUAUUUCGUCACCUUAUGUUCCUAGAAAGCCCAACAAACCCAAAAAAAAAAAAAAAAGUUGAAUCAGAAAAUAGUUUCAAUUAAUCAUAUUUGUUCUCUUUUUAUUUAUUUAUUUAUUGAGUUUUUGGUGUGACCAAUUUUGGGUUUUUCCAAACUAGCGUAAAUUGGUUGUGGUAAUCAAAAGAGAAUGUAUUUAUAUAUUUAGUA